AGCUCGCAUUGUAAACAAACCAAAGAAAGUAGAAGACGAAUAAGUCCAGAAGAAAAGAAAAUGUUGGAGCACGCUUGUUUGUUUUAGUCGAACGUACGUACUCCGGACUUGUCCCAGUAUGAUAUGAGCCUAUCUACGUUGCCGCAACCCAGAAGCGAAACCGUGCCUGGCGCAGCCAAUUUGAAGGUUGUACUCGUGCAUAUAUGCGAACCAGUUGUACGUAUGUACGCCGAUUCUUCAGGGUGCACUCGAAUGAUUUAAUUUUAAUUUCAAGCUUCAGAGUGAAGUUUCCAACUACUACCACUGAAAUCCUAUAAGAACUAUAGCCAUCUCAUUGUGAAAUCACAACAGUGUUUUGUUUGUUUGAAAUUUAAUUGCAAGGAAGGUUCUCAUGGCUUCCCCUUCUCCUACUCAAUUUUCUGCUGCUCUGGUUCUUCUAUGUCUUUUGGUUUUCUCAUUUUCCACGACUACAUCUUCAUCUAAAGUUGCAGUUGCAGUUGCAGUUGCAGUUGCUCCUCCUCAAGUAAAUGAGCAUACAAUCUCAAAAUCUUCAGUUGCUGCUUCUGUUGAAAAGGUGUCUUUAACAGUCUACUACAGUUCUGAAUCUGUUAGAUCUGCAAACUUCAUCGCCUACAACCUAAUGAAAAUUCUCGAAAACGGGCUCAUUGAUUUUGUUGAUCUUAAACUAGUUCCUUUCGGAAAAUCUCGUCUAUUGAAAAACGGAACAAUCCUCUGCGAGCGCGGCUCCAAAGAAUGUGAAUUGAACAGAUUGCAAGCAUGUGCCAUGAAUGUAAUUCCUGGUGCCUAUAAUUACUAUUACCCUUUCAUAUACUGCACGGAGGUGAUUGUUUCUGAAGGAAAGACUACCGAGGAUUGGUUACAAUGCUUAGAGGUCGGAAACCAGUACAAGGACAGUAUUUACAAAUGCUUCACCAAUGGAUUGGGUGAAAAACUUCAGUUGCACAAUGCGAAAGUGACUGCCUCCCUCAAUCCUCAUCUAGAAUUUGUUCCCUGGGUUACUGUGAACGACCUUCCUAUACGCCAUGAUACUCGAAACUUUAUUAGAUACGUCUGUAAAGCAUACAGAAGAGGUGCUGUUCCUUACGCGUGUAGGGGGGAAAUAAGGAGUUAAGGACCAAGUUCUGAUGAUAUUGCUUUGGUUUCUUCGAAAAAAAUUGUCUGAAAAAUAGUUGAAUGAAUUUGUUCUGAAAAAUUAGUUGAAUGAAAUGCAAGAAAUCUUGGAAUUA